ACAAGCUCGCACGCACGAGUUCAACAGUUUAUUCAUACACCUGUACAUAGAUAUCUGGAGGUUCAUUAUUCCACUCAACUCAUUCUACAACUGAAAAAAGUAUGUCAAAACAAAAAUAUGUAUUUACUACCAAAAAUGGAGGUCUGCUGCAUGACCCCCCCCCCCCCCUUUCCAAUGAAUAUUGCUAAUCGUUUUUUAACUAUAGAUAUGAUUAUAUUUGUACAAAAGGCAAUCUAAUUAAAAUUAAAUGUUAGAUCCGCUCGCGUAUGUAUGCGAGUACGUGAGCGGAUCUAACAUCUAAUUUUAAAUUUGAUUGUACAAAAGGCCGAAUUCAAUACAAAAAGGGAUAUAAUAAAAGAUCUAUACAUUGUUUGCAGAUUCCAAUUUUUAAAUGAAAGGAAAUCUUUACGUCUGACGUAAAUGUUAGAAAAACUACCCAACAUAAACUAGGUCAAACCAAACUUUAAAACUGUAUAUUUACUCAAGCGAUAACACGUAGAUAGUGUAUACAGGCUGACACGCCGCACAGGAAGGACUAGACGGAAGGUCGAAAUAACAGUGCGGGCAUGUUGGAUUUUCAGUAAACUUCCCGUGUGACCCCGCCAUCAGAAAUGCAUCCCCGGCGCAGUGCUCAGGAAGUCCUACUGUGUGACCUCUGUAAAACUGCCCCCCUACAGAGUCACUGUGAACUUUGUAAUAUAAAUCUCUGUGUUAACUGUGCAGGAAAGCAUGUCUCAGACUCGUCUAAAAGACACAAUGUCGUGCCCUUUUUACACAGAAAGUCUACUAACUACCACAAAUGUCCAGACCACGCCGAUAAACAUUGUGAAAUUUACUGUGAAAAAUGUGGCGUUCCUGUCUGUUCUACCUGCGCCUUAUUUGGAAAACACAAAGGUCACGAUGUGUCAGAUAUUCUGGAAAAACUCAGCACUAAGAAAGAAAGUUUACAAAAAGAUUUAGAAGAAUUCGAGACCAGAAUUUACCCGCGAUAUGAAGAAAUGGCGUCCGAUGUCCAAACUGAGAAAGCCGAGUUGGAAACGAAAUACAGAAAAAUGACAACAGCCGCCGAUCAACAAGGAGAAAUCUUACACCGGGAGAUUACCGCCAUUGUCAACAAGAGGAAAUCCGACAUUGCGGAGAUGAAAAACAAACACCUGGCCGCUCUCAAUAAAAAUACAGAUGAAAUUACAAACCGGAUUACAGAACUCAGACAGAUCAUUCAGGACCUGAAGAAAAUACUGGACUCCAAUGACGUCUCCUUAACCUCAUCUUACAAAUCUAGGAAUUCCGAAUUUAGAACAUUACCGCCUAAAGUUCGAGUCACAUUACCGAGUUUCUCUCCUCAGAAAAUAAACAAAGAUCAGCUCAAUGAAAUGUUCGGUUCUCUGUCGCCAUUAUCCAUCAACACAGAACAUGGUGACACAAUGAAAUCAGCAGAAGCUGUAUCGUCUCCUCCAGUCAAACCAUUACUUGAUGAACCGCGCCUCACCGCCACCAUAGACACUGGGUAUAGACUACUAUACAGUGUUAGCUGUCUGAGUGAAGAUCAAGUCUGGACACGCGGGGAUAACGAAACCAUGAAGCUCCUCAACCUCCGGGGUAAACUACUGACAUCAAUAAAAACCAAGUCAGGGAACGCACCAGAGGACAUAGCAGUGACACGGGACGGAGAUCUUGUUUAUACUGACAAUAUCACUAGAACUAUAAACUUAGUUAAGAAUAAACAGAUACAGACCGUGAUCACACUACAGGGGUGGAGACCUCUCUAUGUCUGCUGUACCGCCUCUAACCAUCUCCUGGUUACCAUGGUCAGUGAUGAUCUCAAACAAUCCAAAGUCGUGCGUUACUCCGGCUCCAUAGAGAAACAAAGCAUUCAGUUUGAUGAUCAGGGUCGUCCUCUCUACUCAUCUGGUGGUUAUAAUGACAUUAAAUACCUCAGUGAGAACAGGAACCUGGAUAUCUGUGUGGCUGACUGUAGAGCUAGAGCAGUAGUGGUGGUCAAUCAGUCAGGAAAACUCCGAUUUAGAUACACUGGUCAUCCCUCUAAUACCGAGCUAUCAUUUAAUCCAGUCGGCAUCACUACAGACAGCCAGAGUCACAUCCUGACAGCAGACUGUGACAAUGACCGUAUCCACAUCCUAGAUCAGGACGGACAGUUCCUCCGCUACAUUCACUGUGGUUUAUUCGGUCCAUACGGUUUAUGUGUGGACAUCAGAGACAACCUCUUUGUGGCUAAUGGAGAUAAUAAAGUGAAGAAAAUUCAAUAUCUAUAAACACAGUGUUAAUUACACAUCUCAGCACGGUGUUAAUUACAGCUCUUCACAGUGUUAAUUACACAGCUCAAUAUACUGUAAUUUACAGAACUGUGUUAAUUCCUUCUACUUGUUAAUUACAGCCCCGUGUUAAUUACAGUCCUGUGUACAUUACAGUCCUCUGUUUGUGAUGUGUAACAUGUACUUGUGUUUGUGAGUUUAACAGAACAUUAUUUUGUUUGUGAAUUAAUUUGUGUUUGAUUUUACAAUGUAUAUAUUAGAUAAACAUGAUACAGAG